AUGGCUUAAAGUAUUCCAUUCUAUAACAAAACUGUUAAAGAUACUUUGGAGGCUUUAGAGACAAACAGUGAGUAAGGUCUCAAUUCAACCAAAGCAGCUGCUCUUCUUUCCAAGUAUGGUCAUAAUGAACUUGAAAAGGAAGAAGGUGAGUCAAUCUGGGAAAAGAUCAAGGAAUAAUUCGAAGACAUCCUCGUCAGAAUAUUAUUGCUUGCUGCCUUGAUUUCCUUCGUCAUUUCAUAAUUCGAGGAUAGUCAUGAAGAUCAUGCUGUUCCUGCUUGGGUUGAACCUGCAGUCAUUUUCACUAUUCUUAUCUGCAAUGCCUUUGUUGGUAUUUGGUAAGAUCUUGAUGCUGAAAAAGCUAUUUCUGCUUUAAAGGAGUUAUAAUCACCUCAUGCCUUAGUCUUGAGAGACGGAAAGUGGGUCUAGAUCGAAGCUAGAAACCUUGUCCCUGGUGAUAUUGUCGAAGUUACUCAAGGAGAUAAAGUCCCUGCAGAUUUAAGAAUGGUCGAAUUAAAGACUAUUACCUUGAAGGCUGAUUAAUCUAUUUUGACAGGUGAAUCCGAUCCAGUUAACAAAACUAUUUCUCCUAUCUCUAAGACUGAAGCUGGUGUCUUGGACAAAAUCAAUUACCUCUUUUCUGGUACUUUAAUCAACAAUGGUACUGCUAUUGCAGUUGUUGUUUAAACUGGUAUGAACACUGAAAUCGGUAAAAUCUAAAAGGAAGUUUAAGAUGCUGACAAGGAAACUAAAGAUGAUGACUCUCCCCUUAAGAAGAAAAUCAACGAAUUCGGUGACUAACUUGCCAAAUACAUCUCUUACAUCUGUGUCAUUUGCUGGGCUAUGAACAUCCCUAACUUCGGAGAUGAAGUAUUCGGCCACUGGAUUAAGGGUGCUAUGUACUACUUCAAGGUUGCUGUUGCUUUGGCUGUUGCUGCCAUUCCUGAAGGUUUACCUGCUGUUAUUACUACAUGUUUGGCUUUAGGUACUAGAAGAAUGGCUAAGAAGAAGGCUAUCAUCAGAAAGCUUCCCUCUGUCGAAACUUUAGGUUGCACCACUAUCAUUUGCUCAGAUAAGACUGGCACUUUAACCACCAAUGAAAUGAGUGUUGAAAAGUUCUUUGUUGCUGGUAACAAGGAUGGUUCUUAAUUAGCUGCCUUCGAAGUUAAGGGUCACUCUUACAGUCCUGAAGGUGAAAUUGUUAACUUCUAAAACUUCAACGGUUCUCAACUCGCUAAAAAUAUCAAGACCUUUGCCACAUCUAUGGUCUUAAAUAAUGAAUCUAAGCUUAUCUUUGACAAGAAUAGAGUUAACAGAUCUGGUCUCCCAACUGAAGCUGCUAUUAAAGUUCUUUCUGAAAAGAUUGGUAAGUACGAUCCUGAUUUCAAAAAUAAGUAUGUUCCCAUUAGCACCGGUCACGUUGAACAAUACGGUUCAUAUCUUGCUUAAGACUAUGAAAAGAGAGCUACUCUUGAAUUCUCUCGUGACAGAAAAUCUAUGUCAGUUCUCCUCAAAUGCAAGUCAUCAAACAAAAACGUUCUUUUCAUUAAGGGUGCCCCCGAUUAUCUCCUUAAGGCCUCUAAAAAGAUUAUGAACAAGGAUGGAGAAGUCGUUGAUUUCACUGCUGCUACUAAGACUGCCUUUGAAAAUUAAAUUAAGGAAUAUGCUAAGGCUGGCUUAAGAACUCUUGCCAUUUGCGUUAAGUAUGACACUGGUGCUUUGGUUGACUACACUGGUCCUUCUCACCCUGCUCACAAGCAAUUAGAAGAUUCUAAUAACUAUGCUAAAAUCGAAGAAGAUCCUAUUAUCAUUGGUGUUGUUGCUGUCAGAGAUCCCCCUAGACCUGAAGUUGCUGCCUCUAUUUAAAAGUGUAAACAAGCUGGUAUCUCUGUUAUCAUGAUUACUGGUGAUAUCAAAGAAACUGCUGAAUCAAUUGCCCGUGAUAUUGGUAUCAUCUAAGCUGGUGAUGAAGAAUUUAGAUCUCUUACUGGUCACACUUUCGAAAAUCUCAGUGAAGAAAAGUAACUUGAAUACCUCUAAUAAGUUAUUGACGCUCCUUCUGGUUUCGUUUUCUCCAGAACUGAUCCCAGACACAAGAGAGCUCUCGUUAAGAUUCUCAGUGGAUAAAACCAAAUUGUUGCUAUGACUGGUGAUGGUGUUAAUGAUGCUCCCGCUAUCAAGUAAGCUAAUAUUGGUAUUGCUAUGGGUAUUUCUGGUACUGAAGUUGCUAAGGAAUCAUCCGAUAUGAUUUUAUCUGAUGAUAACUUCUCUACAAUCGUUGCUGCUGUCGAAGAAGGUAGAGCCAUUUAUGCUAACAUGAAAGCUUUCAUCCGUUACAUGAUUUCCUCUAAUAUUGGUGAAGUUGUUUCAAUUUUCCUUUCUUCUCUUCUUGGUAUUCCCGAUGGUUUCAACUCUGUUUAAUUACUUUGGGUUAAUCUUGUCACUGAUGGUCUUCCUGCUACUGCUCUUUCCUUUAAUCCUGCUGAUCCUGACUGUAUGUUAAAGCCUCCCAGAAGACACGAUGAACCUCUCAUUUCUGGUUUCGUUUUCUUCAGAUAUCUUAUCAUUGGUACCUAUGUUGGUGUUUCUACUGUCUUCAUCUUCGUCUAUUACUACACUGGAUACAAUUGGGCUGAUGAUGGUCAUCCUCUUAUUGACUUCAAGCAUUUAAGAAACUGGGGUGAAUGUGCCUAAUGGAAAGAUUUCUCAGUUGCCAGCUUCGGAAAGUACGACUUCUCAAAGCACCCUUGCAAUUUCUUCACAUGGGGUAAAUAAAAACCCAGCACCCUUUCUCUCACUACAUUGGUAGUUAUUGAAAUGUUUAAUGCUCUUAAUGCUCUUUCUGAUGAAGGUUCUUUGCUCUCUAUUGGUAUCUUCUGUAACCCUUACUUAGUUCUUGCCAUUAUUGGUUCAAUGUUACUCCACUGCAUGAUUCUCUAUGUUGAUUUCUUCGAAAAUAUUUUCAACACUGUUCCACUUACAACUAACGACUGGUUAUUGGUUCUUGCAUGCGCAUUCCCUGUCGUAAUACUUGACGAAAUUCUUAAGUUCAUUGCAAGAUUAAGAACUCAAGCUGAUCUUAAGAGACGUAUGGAAGCUCAACAUAACCAUCAUAUCAAAACUGAUUGA